AUGAUGUGUUCCGUGCUGACCCUGAGCAUCGGGAAUAAUCAGGGCAUGGGUGACGUCGACUACGGCAAGAUCUAUGAUAUUUAUUUCCCGCCUCAGUACCUGCGCCUGUUCGACGGGCCGUCGUGCUGCGUGAUCGACAUGUGGCGCAUCCUGGGUCGCGGCACGGUCGGCGGUGGCCUGGUGGUCGGCACCAUUAUCAAGCCCAAGCUCGGCUUGCAGCCGAAGCCCUUCGGCCAGGCGUGCUAUGGCUUCUGGCAGGGCGGCGACUUCAUCAAGAACGAUGAGCCGCAGGGCAACCAGACGUUCUGCCAGAUGAACGAAUGCAUCCCCGAAGUCGUGAAGGCCAUGCGCGCGGCCCAGGAGGAAACGGGCCAGGGCAAGUUGUUCUCCGCCAACAUUACGGCGGAUGACCCGAACGAGAUGAUCGCACGUGCCAAGUACAUCUUGAACCAGAUGGGCCCGAUGGCGGAGAAUUGCGCCUUCUUGGUCGACGGCUACGUGGCUGGCGGCACUGCGGUGACCGUUGCGCGCCGCAACUUCCCGAAGCAAUUCCUGCACUACCACCGCGCCGGCCACGGCGCAGUGACCAGCCCGCAGACGCAGCGCGGGUACACCGCCUUCGUGCACACCAAGUUGUCGCGCGUCAUCGGUGCCAGCGGCAUCCACACGGGCACGAUGAGCUUUGGCAAGAUGGAGGGCGACGCUUCGGACAAGAACAUCGGCUUCAUGCUGCAAGACGACGUCGCCGACGGCCCCUACUACCGGCAGGAGUGGGAGGGCAUGAAGCAGACCACCCCGAUCAUCUCGGGUGGCAUGAACGCCUUGCGGCUGCCUGCGUUCUUCGAGAACUUGGGCCACUCGAACGUUAUCCUGACGGCCGGCGGUGGGGCCUUCGGGCACAAGGACGGGCCGAAGCAGGGCGCGAUCUCGUGCGCCCAGGGCGAAGAGUCAUGGAAGUUGUGGAAGGCAGGCACCUACGGCGACGUGAGCCUAUCGGACGGCGUCGUCGAGUACGCGAAGACGCACGAGGAGCUCAAGGGCGCGUUCUUGACGUUCCAGAAGGAUGCGGACCAGAUCUACCCGGGCUGGAAGGAGAAGCUCGGCUACACGGGCGAGUCCUCCGUCCAGGCAGCCAGCUUCAAUUGGCAGAAGAAGGAGUUGAGCUGA